CCCUAAAUUUUAGAAUUUUCCAUUUUUACUCUCGAAAUCUAGUUAUUCAUGAGAGUGUGGAAGUGAAACAGAGGUGAAGAAGUGUAAGAAGAACAAAUCUAUGGCGUCUCGGUUGCAGCAGAUCGAAACGGAUGAAUCUGUACUCUUGCGAGUAACCCAUGCCAAUCUCAAGUCCUUCACUUCCGAUGUUCGCUUUUCCCUUCAGAUGAGCGUGGAAUCUGUAAAGGAAAAGUUGUGGAAAAAGUGUGGUACUUCUGUAAACUCCAUGUGCCUUGAACUCUAUGAUGAUUCGGGUGCUAAAAUUUCCGAUUUGACGGAUAAUUCCAUUCCCUUGGGGUUCUAUUCUCCCUUAGAUGGGUACCGGCUACAUAUUAUUGAUCUCGACCCCUCAUCAGUUACUUCUGGUGGUUGGCUUGAAGAUACCUCACUAGUGGAGAAGUACCAAAUCUCUGAAGAAGCCUAUGAAAAACGUGAUGAUACAUUCCGUAAAUUUAAAGAAAAAUUGGCAUCCCAGAAUCCAUCAGCUUUUGAAAGUAAAAUAUCUGAUAACUACAUGGAAGAACUCUGUGCAAAUAUAAAGGUAGGUGAUAGAUGUGAAGUUGAGCCAGGGAAGAUACGAGGCAGUGUAAAAUUUGUUGGCUGGGCCGAAUCGCUUGCUCCUGGUUUUUGGGUUGGAGUUCAAUAUGAUGAGCCAUUGGGAAAAAAUGAUGGCAUGGUAAAAGGGAUCCGCUAUUUUGACUGCCCUCCUCUUCAUGGUGCAAUGGUUAGGCCUGACAAAGUGAAGGUUGGUGACUAUCCUGAAUUGGACCCUUUCGAUGAUGAAGAAGAUGAGAUAUAACCAGUUCUUGUAACAUUGUGGAGCUAACCAGCCUUGUUUCUGAAGCCUUUAUGAAUUAUUGAUUUCUUUUAGAAGCAAUUUAAACACAAUCUCAGCCUCAUGGUGGGUUGACAUGGUUUUACAAAAAUUCUUGAAAGGAAGCAUGGAGAUGAAGAAAACAACGAUACAAUAAGAAUCUGUUCUUCCGUGAUCGUCGUAUUGACAACCGUUGCAACUUUUCUUUAGGGUGUUAUAAAUGGUUUUGUUAGUUGAAAUGGAAGGGAAAUAGCAUUGAAAUGAAGAUUUUGCAUAUUCUAUUACU